CGAACCGCGGGGUGUGAGCCGCUCGGGCCGCCGUAGUCAGCUGCCGCGAGCAGGAAGUGUCCGACAGCAGCGGCGGCGGGCGGAGACUGCACGAUGGCCCCGGACCCCUGGUUCUCCACAUACGAUUCUACCUGCCAAAUUGCACAAGAGAUUGCCGAGAAAAUCCAACAGCAAAAUCAGUAUGAAAGAAAUGGUGAAAAUACAAUCAGGCUUACUGUGACCAUCAGAACUUUGUUGCAGAAUCUGAAGGACAAGAUCGCCCUUUUGAAGGACCUGCUGCUAAGAGCUGUGUCAACACAUCAGAUAACACAGCUUGAAGGAGACCGAAGACAGAACCUGCUGGAUGAACUUGUAACUCGAGAGAGACUACUUGUGGCAUCCUUUAAGAACGAGGGUGCAGAACCAGAUCUCAUCAGGUCCAGCCUGAUGACUGGAGGGGCUAAGCGAGGAGUCCCCAACCCUUGGCUCUUUGAGGAGCCAGAGGAAACCAGAGGUUUGGGUUUUGAUGAACUCCGGCAACAGCAGCAGAAAAUUAUCCAAGAACAGGAUGCAGGCCUGGAUGCCCUAUCCUCUAUCAUCAGUCGGCAGAAACAGAUGGGGAAGGAAAUUGGGAAUGAACUGGAUGAACAAAACGAAAUAAUUGAUGACCUUGCCAACCUGGUGGAGAACACAGACGGGAAGCUCCGCACGGAGACCAGGCGUGUGACUAUGGUGGACAGAAAAUCAGCAUCUUGCGGCUUUUCUCUGAAGACCUUGGCCAAGAUGCAAAACCGAAGCAUUGUCUGCGCACAUAGUGCGCUUAUGGACUCCCUCGGGCGGAAUACUUUGUGCACCCAACUCAUCACAGUGUACGUUUCCAUCCUGAAAGUCAUCACGCUGUGGUGAAAUUGUUUGGGUGUUUAUCUGCUUGCUAGACCUUGAUCUCCUUGAGGUCUUCUGACUGGAUCUGUCGUUCUGAUCCCUAGCAAGAGGCGAGAUGAUUGGCUUUGUAUUGGAUUUAUUUGAAAGGCAACCGAAAUCAUGGGAUGAGGAUUUUCUGAAUCCUCAGAUUAUUUUUAAGGACUUGUCAGCCUGGGAAGGUGAGGUUUGAGUUAGCAUAGAACAUUUAGUAGAUUGUGAAUGGUAUAAAAAAGGUACACUUGGGGACGCCUGGGUGGCUCAGUGGGUUAAGCCGCUGCCUUCGGCUCAGGUCAUGAUCUCAGGGUCCUGGGAUCGAGCCCCGCAUCGGGCUCUCUGCUCAGCAGGGAGCCUGCUUCCUCCUCUCUCUCUGCCUGCCUCUCUGCCUGCUUGUCAUCUCUCUCUGUCAAAUAAAUAAAUAAAUAAUCUUUAAAAAAAAAAAGAAAAGGUACACUUGGAUUUGGUCCAAUACUCAAAUAUCUAGGACCAUCAGAAAGAAAGUUUGGUAGCUUACGGCCACACACUCUCCAGCCACCAUCAUCGUAUUGCAAGAACUCCCACAUGUACCCUACAGGGGAAUACUGUUCAGUCAGAAAAGGAACGCGUACCAAUACGUGCUACAAUAGGGAGGAACUUUGACACAUUCUAUUAAGUGGAAGAAGCCAGAAUCAAAAGACCACAUCUUGUAUGAUGACAUUUACGUGAACUGUCUAGAAUGUGCAAAUCCACAGAGACAGAGGACAGAUCAGUGGUUGCCAGGAGUUAGGGGUUGGGGAGGCACAGGGAGAGACUCCUUAGUGGGUAUGAAGUUUCCUUUUGGGAUGGUGAAGACACAGUAAGGUGGUAGCAAUGGUCCUACAACAUUGUGGAUGUAAUUAAUGGCAAUGGCCUUGCGUGUUAAAGUGGUAAAUUUUACGUUAUCUAUAUUUUACGGCAAUUUUAAAAAGCCAUUAAAAAUAAGGACUAAUUCUUAUGAAGUAAUUUCUCUACGGUCCUGCGGUUUCAAGCAGCACAAGCAACUUGGAAAGGUUAGGGGUUCCUGGUUUAAAAGUCUAAAACAGGGCACCUGGGGGGCUCAGUUGGUUAAGCGACUGACUUCAGCUCAGGUCAUGAUCCUAGUGUCGCAGGAUAAGGUCCUGCAUCAGUCUUCCUGCUUAGCAGAGAGUCUGCUUCUCCCCCACUCUCAUGCUCUCUCCCUCUCUCAUUCUCUCUCAAAUAGAUAAAUAACAUCUUUCUAAAAAAUAAGUAAAAGUCUAAAACAGUUCCAUGCAGAAUGACAAUAGGUUCUCCGAGUCAGCUAGGUUAAGUUGGGGCACAUCUAGCUUUUGACAUCUAUCUAAUGAGGAGAGGCAUUUCUUUCUGAGUAUGUCCCUCCUUGUCACUGUCAUAAAAGGGGCAAGGAUAUAACACUGGACCUGACCCAGCGUGACUCUCAUCUGCUAACUGACUGCUGCCAGACGGCAAGUUAGAAGCUCCAGGGAGACUGUUGGCUUCCUGGCCUCCCAGUUUCUGAGUUUGUUUGCUUUUCCCUAAAAUACUUGAUUUGGGUGCCUGUGAAAUCAGCCCUUAGAUUUGCAGAGGCUGGAAGGCCCCCCAUCGAGUGUUUGAUAAAGUUUUUGAGUUUUGUAAAGAACAGUGACCAGAUGCGGCCAGCGUUCGUGGUUUGUGGCCAUCGCAUUGCUGAACUUUUUCUUCCCAUGAUACCUCUCAGAAGUUCUUAACUUUCCAUGACACGCCAGAGCCUUGAGGAUUGGGGUUAAGUGGGAUGGCCGGGCAGACCACAGAGAGAUGUGUGUUCCUGUGGUAACACGUGACUGGCCGAGGGUGAGAUGGGGAGGGCCAGGGAGGACAGGGACAGGAAGGAAAUGUAGGAGAUGAGUGAGGAAGAGAGGGAAGAGGGGUACUGAGGGCAAAGAAGAGAGACCCCUCCCCCAAUAAUGAGUGCCUCCCAUGUUCCCCUAAGGAAUCCCCUUCCUAUACUGGGAUUCCUUUUCUGGCACCAGCAGUGACUUGUUUCUAGAUUUCCUGAAUCCAUGAGAAAUGAAAAACAGGAAUAUUUGGGUUAGGACUCUGAGGACAGCCAGAGGCUAGGAAGGACCCAUCCCUAGAAAUAUGUCUUCUGCUCAUUUCCAUCAUGUCGUCCUUUAGAGUGGGGUAACCCAGGGUUCACGAAUUCAGAUGCCAGUCAGGUAAAGAACAGGAGAGCCACAGACCAGGUAUAUGGCCUCUGGGGAGAGGGCGAUGUCACAUGCCCAUCCAGACAAGAUGGCUGCCCCUUGGGCGGCAGGACACGUGGCCACCUGGAACUGUGGGCCCCGGCUGCCAAGUCAGCUGCCGCAUCUCCUUUCCUUUCCUUUUUGAGAAGAAGAGAAACCCGAUUUUAUGUCAGAUUGGCCAGUCCCUCAAAUCCUGCCCAAAGGAAGACAUUAAAUGCCAACUGGACCUGGCUGGCUGGCCACUGACAAGUUAUGACCAGGGAUUGAAGUCAACAGAUUACAAGUACAGACACAAAGGCUGAAUAUGGUGGCGGGGCAGUGGGCAGAAUGGAGAGGCCAAAGAGUUUACCUCUGAGAGUAACAAAAUUUGAUUUAAAAAAUAUCUGUCACCAGGAAAUCAUCCAUACUAGGAAAGUUGAAGUUUGGUGAGAAACCAUUUUAUACCCUGGUGGGAGGUGGGGUGGGUGAGGUGUGAUGCUGUGUGUCUCGGUAGGUGGAGGCAGUGGCACUGGGUCUCUGGUGCUGGGCAGGGGAGAACCAAGCCAUGGGGACAGAGCACAAAAAGAAAUAAACCUGUUGGGCAUCAAAGGUAGAUGGCCGGACUUCCACAUUUACUGGAAGCCUCCUGGUCACGCGCAGGCCCAGCUCUGCCUUCCCCAAAGGAAAUGGGAAGUGCCCCCUUUGCUUAAAGUUGGAACCUACAGAUAAACGUUAGGAACUCUCCACCUCCGUGGCAGAAACCCUGGGACAUGAACAAGGUAGAUUAGCUUGGCUUUAAGCUGUUACUUUUACCUUUUGCAACUUAAUUCAUUGGACUGUUGAUCGGUUCUUCUGUGUUUGGUCCUCAUUGUUCGUCACUUGUAUAUUUUCAUCUGCUCAAAAAAAAAAAAAAAAAAAAAAGGUAGGUAGGUAAGGGAACACAGGUGAACUUUUUUUUUUUUUUUUUUAAGAUUUUCCAUUUAUUUAUUUGACAGAGAGAAAUCACAAGUAGGCAGAGAGGCAGGCAGAGAGAGAGAGGGAAGCAGGCUCCCCGCCAAGCAGAGAGCCCGAUGCGGGACUCGAUCCCAGGACCCCGAGAUCAUGACCUGAGCCGAAGGCAGCGGCUUAACCCACUGAGCCACCCAGGCGCCCCGAACUUUAUUUUUUUAAUUAGGUAGGCUUGAUUAAUCUGGUAUUUUUCCAAAAAGAAACAAAAACGUAAACCAAGAUGAAACAGGAAUAGAAGUUUCCUUCCCCCAGCACAAGAGUGGACGUAGCCAGGAGCUAGGAGCAGAAGAGACUGCUGGGCUGGCAGAUGGGGAAGGCCAAGAGGCGAGAGGGCUGCUGGCUGCUUGAGCUGGAACUAGAACGUUCCGUGAGAAAGCAACCAGCCAGCUUUGGCCAGCGUGCAUGCCUGUCUGUUCCCAGUCAGGGCCGCACUUCGCCUUCCCCACCCUUGGUCCACCAUCCAUCACUACCAUGUCUGCCUCCCCUGCUCUGACGGCAGAAUUUAUAGUCCAGUUCUGAAAAAAAUGGAAAGCGGGAGGUGGGGUGCUGGGAACCAGUUGUGAAAUGAUAAAUCAAGGCCUCUUUAAGGUCGAGGUUGGUUUUGCCAUCUCUCACUUUGAGGUUCGUUCUUAAGAGAGGCUUUGAGAAGCGGGGAUAGGGCUUAAAAUGCGUGUUUUUUUUGUUUUUUGGGUUUUGUUUUGUUUUGUUUUGUUUUAUAGAAAAACCAUUACAAUGAUCAGUUUGCCUGUUUAAAUAGACGUUGGCUUCGUUGUGGCUGUUCUGCACCUAGGAGUAGAGAGAACAGCUGCACGUAACCCCCUUCCUCUGAUUUUACUGUCUCUGGGUAAACUGAGCCCCAUCCAUCAUGCCAAGGGCUCAGUAAAAACUCGGAGUGGUUGGGAGUAUCCAGGACAACAGUUUGGUUGGGUUUCUAAGGCUACCUAGGGAAGAAUUAGUGGAAGAAUAGUGGAAGAAUAUCCACUAUUUGUCGCAGUGGAGCAGAAAGGUCCCCACAGUGGAGCAGAAAGGUGGCACAGAUGUCCUCUGCUCUUCUUUCUCAGAAA